CUCUGACAGGUCACCGGCAGUCCGCGAUGAGCUGAGAGAACAGACGAGCGCGGGAGCGCGCAAUGCGCUGAGUGGAGCGCGCUGACCGGCAAUAACCCGGUCUGGUUCCUCUCUGUUACUGGCUCCAUCACCCACAGAAUCCUCCUCUCUCAUUGGACUGCGCUGUCAAGCGGUUGUCAGCCCAUGUGGCGUGGCCGGGCUUAAUGCCAUACGGGUGCGCUCACCGGGGAGAGCAGAGAGGAGGACGCUGAGGCUCCGACAUUCAACCGCUCCUGCAAACGGAAAACCCGCCGCCGCAGCUGAAGCAGCCUGGUCAGAGGCAGUAGACCGCUCAGUCAUUCAACAUGGAGGAGAUAGUUGUUGCUGGGAUGUCAGGCCGCUUGCCAGAGUCCAACAACCUAGACCAAUUCUGGGAAAACCUUAUAGGGGGUGUGGAUAUGGUGACAGAGGACGACCGUCGGUGGAAACCAGGUCUGUAUGGUCUCCCUAAGAGGAAUGGUAAACUGAAGGACAUCAGCCACUUUGAUGCCUCCUUCUUUGGAGUCCACCCCAAGCAGGCCAACACCAUGGACCCGCAGCUCCGCCUCAUGCUGGAGGUUGCUUAUGAGGCAAUUGUGGAUGGAGGGAUAAAUCCUGGCAUGUUGCGUGGUAGCAAUACUGGCGUCUACAUUGGAGUGAGUGGCACGGAGGCUGGGGAGGCCUUGAGCAGAGAUCCAGAAGAGUUGUUGGGCUACAGCAUGACCGGCUGCCAGCGUGCCAUGCUGGCCAACAGACUCUCAUACUUCUUUGACUUUAAAGGUCCCAGCACUGCCAUAGACACGGCCUGCUCCUCCAGCCUGUUGGCAUUAGAGAACGCCUUCCAUGCCAUUCGUCAAGGCCACUGUGAAGCUGCUCUAGUGGGUGGGGUUAAUCUGCUGCUGAAGCCCAACACCUCAGUGCAGUUCAUGAAACUGGGCAUGCUUAGUCCUGACGGGACCUGCAAGUCCUUUGAUGCUUCAGGGAACGGGUAUUGCCGGUCAGAGGCUGCACUCGUAGUACUGCUCACAAAAAAAUCAGCCGCGAAGAGAGUCUAUGCAACCGUGGUCAAUGCAGGUACCAACACAGAUGGGUACAAGGAGCAGGGUGUCACCUUUCCUUCAGGUGAGAUGCAGCAGAGGCUGGUUCGUUCUCUGUAUCAGCAGGCUAAUAUAACUCCUGAACAGGUGGAGUACAUCGAAGCCCAUGGCACUGGAACAAAGGUUGGGGACCCGCAGGAAGUCAACGGUAUUGUCAGCGUGUUCUGUCAGUCUGAGCGGGCACCUUUGCUUAUUGGCUCCACCAAGUCCAACAUGGGGCAUCCAGAACCGGCCUCGGGUCUGGCUGCUCUGACGAAGGUGUUGCUGUGUCUGGAGCAGGGGAUCUGGGCUCCUAACCUGCACUUCAACAGUCCCAAUCCGGAUAUUCCUGCCCUCUUUGAUGGGCGGGUAAAGGUCGUUGACUCUCCUGUUCCUGUCCAAGGAGGCAUUGUAGGAAUCAACUCCUUCGGAUUCGGAGGCUCAAAUGUUCAUGUCAUCCUUCGUCCUCCUAAAAAGGCAGCAGACUCCAGCUCACCAGGGACUAUUCCUAGAGUACUUCAAGCCUGUGGCCGCACUGAGGCGGCAGUGAGCACCCUCCUCCAAAAAGGGAGGGAGCACUGCACAGACAGCUUUGUCUCCUUACUGAACUGUGUAGCAGCAUCCCCUACUGUCAGCAUGCCCUUCAGAGGCUACACCCUCCUGGGCUUCCAGAGUGACGUGAUGGAAGUGCAGCAGGCUCCGGCUGCAGCCAGGCCGCUCUGGUAUGUCUGCUCAGGAAUGGGAACACAGUGGGCAGGAAUGGGCCGCAGUCUGAUGAAUCUACAAGAGUUCAGAAAGUCCAUUCUGCGCUCUGAUUCUGUCCUGAAGGACAUGGGAUUGGUUGUGUCUCAACUGCUCAUGGAGGCUGACGACUCCACAUUUGAGGACACGGUUCACGCCUUCGUGGGGCUAGCUGCCGUACAGAUUGCACUCAUCGAUCUGCUCGCCAAGGUGGGGCUGCAGCCCGACGGCAUCGUUGGGCAUUCUGUGGGAGAGCUGGCCUGUGGGUAUGCUGACGGCUCACUAACCCAUGCUGAAGCAGUUCUAGCUGCUUACUGGAGAGGCAUGUGCAUCAAAGAGGCCAACCUGCCUCCUGGAGCCAUGGCUGCAGUAGGUUUGACCUGGGAGGAGUGUGCGUCUCAGUGUCCACAGGGAGUGGUUCCAGCCUGUCACAAUGCUGAAGACACUGUCACCAUCUCUGGUCCUCAGGAAGCAGUCGGUGCAUUUGUAUCUGAGCUGAAGAAGCAAGGCAUUUUUGCAAAGGAGGUGCGGAGCGCUGGCGUUGCCUUCCACUCCUACUACAUGGCCUCAAUUGCUCCUGCCCUUCUGGAUGCUCUGAAGAAGGUUAUCAGGGAGCCCCGACGCCGCUCGGCCCGCUGGAUCAGCACCAGCAUUCCUCACUCAGAGUGGGACUCUCCUCUGGCUCUGUACAGCUCUGCUGAUUACCAUGUCAACAAUCUGCUGAGCCCGGUUCUAUUCCAGGAGGGCCUGGGCAUGGUUCCUGAGAAUGCUGUGGUGUUGGAGAUUGCCCCUCAUGCUCUUUUGCAGGCCAUCCUGAAGCGCAGCCUGAAGCAGACAUGCUCCAUCCUCCCACUGAUGAAGAGAGGCCACGCCAACAACCUGGAGUUCUUCCUCUCCAGCAUUGGCAAACUUCACAUGAGUGGGAUUGACCUGGAUUGUAAUGGCCUUCUGCCAGAGGUGAGCUUCCCAGUACCAGUCGGGACCCCCCUGAUCUCCCCCCUGGUGAUGUGGGACCACGCACAGGCCUGGGAUUUUCCCAAGGCUGAGGACUUUCCACAGGGCUCAGGGGGCUCCAGCUCGGCAACACUUUACAACAUUGAGAUAAAUCCCGACUCCACUGAGUUCUACCUGACGGGGCACUGCAUCGAUGGACGUGUUCUCUACCCAGCAGCAGGGUACCUGGUUCUGGCUUGGAGGACCUUGGUGAGAAGCUGUGGGCUUGUAAUGGAAACAGUCCCAGUGAGCUUUCAAAAUGUGACCAUCCAUAGGGCCGUCAUACUACCACAGACAGGUUCUGUUCAGAUGGAGGUACGCCUCAUGCCUGCCACCAACAGCUUUGAGGUUUCAGAGAACGGAAACUUGGCAGUUAGUGGUAAAGUGAGUGUUUUGGAGGAUGCAGCUUUGGACUCCUUUCGUCAGCAGAUGAAUGCAGGAACGGCCAAUCCCAUGAAGAUGAAGCUGAAGACUGCCGACAUCUACAAGGAGCUGAGACUGCGCGGUUAUGAUUAUAGCUCUGCCUUCCAGGGCAUUCUGGAGUCCAGCACUGAUGGAGACAGCGGGAAGUUGCAGUGGACUGGAAACUGGGUGACCUUUCUGGACACGAUGCUUCAGAUGCUGGUGGUUGGACUGCAAGGUCGGAGUUUGCAUCUGCCGACUAGAAUCCGCUCCUUGUGCAUUGAUCCUUCAGCCCAUGUUGACAAAGUCUACAAGUACAACGAUGAAAAGCAAGCUGUGGACGUGACCGUCACGCGAUGUCUCGACAGCAUUGUUGCCGGAGCUGUUCACAUCUCCGGUCUGCACGCCACCGUGGCGCCACGCCGGCAGCAGCAGCAGAGCCCCCCCACACUGGAGGAGUUUAUCUUUGUCCCCUAUAUAAAGGAGGACUGUCUUAGUUCCAACCUGGAGCUGGUGGAGCAGUUGAACGUCUGCAGAGGUCUCCUCAGGCAGCUGCAGAUGAAGUUGGCUCCCCAUGGAGUGAAAUUGUCCAUCUCAGGCCUGGAGAGGGACUCUGGACAAGAAGUUUCCAAACCUGAGUCUCAAACCCCGUGUUUGGCCCGACUGCUCUGCGUCCUCUGCCGUCUGGAGCUGAACGGGAACCUGGAGUCUGAGCUACAGCAGGUGGUGCAGAAGGAGCAGGCAUGUCUGUUUGAGGACAGCCUGCUGAACGGUCUGCUGGAUGCCCCGACCCUGAGGCACUGCCUGGACAUUACCAUAGAAAACGGCUCUCCUGGGAGGAUCACAGUGUUAGAGGCUCUUUCCAGCAGUGGUCCACUCUUCUCCCGCGUGGUCCCCCUCCUGAGCAUCCAGCCUAUGUUGAAUGUGGACUACACAGCCACAGCAGCUUCUCCGGAGCUUCUUUUGCCUCACGAGCGGGCCCUGCAGGAGUUGUCUGCCAAAACCUGUUUGUGGGAUCCCCUGACCAGCCCCCCCACAGGGGGUGUGGCUUCUGGAGCAGACCUGGUUUUGUGCAACUGUGCGUGGGGGCCCCUGAGCACAGACCCAAGGCUCCUGGUGUCAAACCUAACAGCUGGGGCCAAACCCAAAGGGUUUGUUCUCCUGCACACACUGCUGAAGGGGGAGACUCUUGGAGACGCUGUGGACUUCCUGAGCAGCAGUCAGGGAUAUGUGCAGGCAGAGUGGCAGAGCGUCCUCCAGGAAGCCUCCUUGGUAGUCGUGGCUGUCCGGAGGUCGUUUUAUGGCUCCGCCCUCUUCCUGUGUCGCAGAAAGUCCCCGAGGCUUCAGCCUGUCCUGGUUCCUGUGGACAGCCCUGACUGUCAGUGGGUGGAAACUCUGAAAAACCUGUUGGCAGAAGAAUCUGAACAGCCAGUGUAUCUGACAGCCUCUCAGGCGUGCUGUGGUGUGGUGGGAAUGGUCAACUGUCUGCGGCAGGAGCCUGGAGGCACCCGAAUACGUUGUAUUUUUGUCUCCAACCUGGACGGAUCCUCAGCAAAACCGACCAUCCAGCAGAACCACACAGCUGAGCAGGGAUUGUUCCAGGGCGAUCUGGUGAUGAACGUGUUCAGAGACGGGCACUGGGGCUCUUUCAGACACCAGAUCCUCCCCCACGAGAUGAAGGAGGAGCUGACUGAUGCUGCAUAUGUCAAUGUGCUGACCCGUGGUGACCUGUCCUCCCUGCGCUGGAUCACAUCACCACUUCAGCACUUCAGAGGUGGCAGCCUUGGCAUGGAGCUGUGCCAGGUUUACUUCAGCUCACUCAACUUCAGGGACAUCAUGCUGGCCACGGGCAAACUUCCCCCUGAUGCCAUCCCAGGAGAUGUAGCUCUGCAGCAGUGCAUGCUGGGCAUGGAGUUCUCCGGUCGUGAUCCUGCCGGUCGCCGUGUGAUGGGGCUUCUCCCUGCAAAGGGCCUGGCCACAGCUGUGGACGCUGACAAACGCUUCCUCUGGGAAGUUCCAGCUCACUGGAGCUUGGAGCAGGCUGCCUCGGUACCCGUGGUCUACGCAACAGCCUAUUAUUCUCUGGUUGUCCGUGGCAGGCUCCGCCCCCAAGAAAGUGUCCUGAUCCAUUCAGGGUCUGGAGGCGUAGGCCAGGCAGCAAUUGCCAUUGCGCUGAGCCAGAAGUGCAGAGUUUACACAACAGUUGGCUCAGCAGAGAAGCGGGCCUACCUUCUGCAGAGGUUUCCUGAACUCUCAUCAGAAUCUGUGGCGAAUUCCAGGGACACUUCCUUUGAACAACAUAUCCUUCUGCAAACACAAGGAAAAGGUGUGGAUAUUGUGCUGAAUUCUCUGGCUGAGGAAAAGCUGCAGGCAAGUAUUCGUUGUCUCGCCAGACAUGGACGGUUCCUGGAGAUUGGGAAGUAUGACCUUUCCAACAACUCCCCCCUUGGAAUGGCUCUGUUCCUCAAGAACGUAUCGUUUCAUGGCAUCCUGCUGGAUGCUCUGUUUGAAGAGGGCAACAGAGAGUGGGAGGAGGUGUACCAGCUGCUAAAGGAUGGCAUAGCAGGAUGUGUAGUCUGCCCUCUUCACACCACAGUUUUUCAGAGGGACCAGGUGGAGCUGGCGUUCAGAUACAUGGCCCAGGGAAAACACAUUGGCAAAGUGGUCCUGCAGGUCCGAGCUGAUGAUGGGGAGCCAGCUGUCCAGCCUGCACCCCCUAUGUCCAUUCCAGCCAUCCCCCGCACCUUUUGCCAGCCUUCAUAUUCCUACAUAAUUACUGGGGGCUUGGGGGGAUUUGGUCUUGAACUCGCUCACUGGUUGAUGGAGAGGGGGGCCAGAAAAUUAGUACUGACAACCAGAUCAGGCAUCCGAACUGGUUACCAAGCAAAGCGUGUGCAAGAGUGGCAAAAUCAGGGCGUGGAAGUGUUGGUUUCCACCCGAGAUGUCAGUUCACUGGAGGGAACGGAGCGACUAAUCGCUGAGGCGAGUGCGCUGGGCCCAGUGGGAGGAGUCUUCAAUUUGGCCAUGGUGCUAAAGGAUGGCAUGUUGGAGAACCUGAGUCCCAAACUCUUCACUGAUGUCAUCAAACCUAAAUAUGAUGGAACCGCAUAUCUGGACAGAGUGACCAGAAAGUUGUGUCCGGACCUCAGCUACUUUGUGGCCUUCUCCUCUGUCAGCUGUGGACGCGGAAAUGCAGGCCAAAGUAACUAUGGCUAUGCUAACUCGGCAAUGGAGCGUGUGUGUGAGAAGCGCCGAUUUGAUGGCCUGCCAGCGUUAGCGGUUCAGUGGGGGGCCAUAGGAGAUGUGGGUGUGGUGCUGGAGACAAUGGGGAGCAAUGACACUGUGAUUGGUGGCACAUUGCCACAACGCAUCACUUCCUGCCUUGAGGUGUUGGAUCAGUUUCUAUGCCAGCAGCAGCCAGUCAUGUCCAGCUUUGUUCUGGCACAGAAGAUCGUAGCCAAGAACGACCAGGGAAACCAGAAAGACCUGGUGGUGGCCGUGACUCACAUUCUAGGUGUGCGGGAUGUCAACAGUCUUAACGCUGACUCCUCAUUGGCUGACUUGGGCCUGGAUUCCCUCAUGGGUGUGGAGGUGCGGCAGACUCUUGAACGAGACUACAACAUCCAAAUGAACAUGAGGGAGAUUCGCCAGCUUACCAUCAACAACCUGCGAGAGAUGGCUAGCAGCAAGCAGGACAGAUCAAAGGAUGGGCCUGCUGCAACAAAGAGGGAUGGUGUUUCCUCUUCUGUGAAGUUUGAUGUGAACCAGCUGUUAGUUGAUCCAGAUGGACCCACUUUAGUGCCUCUCAACCAGGUGCAGAGCCAGGAGAGGCCCCUGUUUUUGGUCCAUCCCAUUGAAGGCUCCAUUGCUGCUCUUCAGACUCUGGCCUCCAAGCUCAGCAUUCCUUGUUAUGGUCUUCAGUGCACCAGCGCUGCUCCUCUGGACAGCAUCCAUGCUCUGGCUGCUUUCUACACCUGCAGCAUCCUGCAGACUCAGGACCCCGGGCCCUUCAGGAUCGCUGGCUACUCCUUUGGGGCCUGUGUUGCCUUUGAAAUGUGUUCUCAGCUGGAGGCUCUGGGUCAUUCUGUGGAGACCUUGUUCCUGCUGGAUGGUUCCCACUCUUAUGUGGCAGCUUAUACUCAGAGCUACAGGGCAAAACUGACCCCUGGUCGAGAGUCUGAAGCAGAGACUGAGGCUCUGUGUGCUUUCAUCCAGCAGUUUACAGACAUCGAAUACAGCAAGCUUGUGGAGUCUCUGCUGAUCCUCCCAGACCUGAAGGCUCGGGUCAACACAGCUGUGAAUCUCAUCACUUCCAAUCUGCAGAACAUGAAGCCGGACCUCCUGCGUUUUGCAGCGUCCAGCUUCUACAAGAAGCUGAAAGUUGCUGAUGCCUAUGUGCCUUCGUCUAAAUACCAUGGUAAAGUUGUGCUCCUGCGGGCCAGAACCAGCAGUGAGUAUGAGCAGAACCUGGGACCAGAUUACAGGCUGAGCGAGGUCUGCGACGGCCCGGUGUCUGUCCACAUCAUUGAGGGGGACCAUCGCACAUUCUUGCAGGGGGUUGGCGCAGACGCCCUCUGCAGCAUCAUUCAGCAGUCACUCUCAGAGCCCAAGUUGAACAACCAUGUGCAUCUUCCUCAGAAUCCUGCACCUGGUCACCCCUUGGCUCAGUCUGUGUAAAUGACUCUGCUUCAAAAGGGUGAUCACUGCUUCUGUUGCAUCAACUAAAUCUACUUUUCUGUGUUUGGUUUUAAAAUACUGUCACAUUUAAAAAUACCACCACGCAAUGGGGAGAAUCUUCACAAUUAGCUGCUGCCGCCUGAUUUUUCAGAAAAUUGUUGGCGUGGUCAUAAAUGCAUACGGCAGCAGUCCGGUCGCCCGGAAGAUCAAGGCAAUGAUUCUUUGGCGCUUGGGCAGUAGCCCCUUUUCACAUUGAUGUCAGACAAAAUGGCCACAGGGCUGGAAAACGGGAGUCUUCACUUGUGGUCGCAUUUAGAACAGCAAAGCUGACAGCUGAAUGAUGUUCGAUGCUGUUUGUUUGAAUAUAUAUUAUGUCUAUGUGUUUGUCACAAUUUUACAUAAAUAAUAAAAGGUAACCUUACCAAUUUCAAAAGAAAAAUGUACAAUAUUUUAUAAAUGUCCUGCUGAACUGUAUUUUCAUUUCCUCUCUCAGAUCGCUCUCAAAUCAAAAUACAAAUGUUUGAUAUCCUCCAAUAUUUGGGUUUUUAUUGAAAAUAUUGACCUUUCAUUUGAGCAGAUAUUAUUCUAACUGGUUUUAUUUAGCAUAUUUUAUAACAUUAUGUGGAAAUUGUCACUUUCAUAUUUUUGUGAAAAGUUCUCAAUUAAUUUGAUCAUUUUUCACUUUUAUUUUCCCAAAGAUCAGACAUAGUUAUGAACAAAAACAAAGAGGAGAGAUGUUCGAACCACGUAAAAAACAUUACAACAGUAAUAAGUUUGACUUUAAUGUCAGACACACUGGAAUUGUCUGACUUUUUACAAAGAUUUUGUGAGCAAGAAAAUCUAGUGAACUUUUAACUGAUCAGAAAAGAUCUUCUGCAGCUCCACAUCUCAAAGCUAAUGCUAAUGUUAGCAUUAGCACAGAUUAAAAGAAUAAAAUCAUAAUUACCUUCAUAAUCAAGCAAGCAGCAUUCAGUAAAGUUCUUGUAGCCUUUGUCUAACUUUAACCGGGUUAUCAGAGAGAAAUAAUCCACGACUGGUUUAAUAUCAUCCAGAGGAAUU